AUAUUUUUAUUUCUUCCUACUACUCUUUACAUUUCAAUUCUAGGAAGUUAAAAAUUUUCUAGAAUUAUUUAAGUUUAACAUAAUUUUGAAAUGUAAAUUUUUAGUAAGCUAAUAUAAUUCAAGAUGGUGUAUAUUGGAAGUGAUGGAAGAGUUUAUGAGAAACAACCUUGGAGUGUAAGCUGGUUUUUGGGCCUAUUCACAGGGUUUUAUCAUUUUUUGAUUGCUUUCUUUUCAUCUUUAAUUUCUCCAUUGCAAGAACUUCAAAGUAGUGGAGGUUCCGGACAAAGAGGGGGAUGGGGUCCCGGAGGAGGAGGAGGAAGUGGUUCUGGUAGACCUGGUGAUGACGGAAGAGGUAAUGGACCUCGGAAUAGGCGUGUCGGAAGAAUAAUGAGGAUGUCAGAUUGUGUUGUUCCUGGAGGAGGAUGAGCACGGUAAAGUGUUCAUAAAAGCUCAACACUUUUAGUGAACACCUAAUUUUUCAAUAUUUAUCUGAUUAUUUGAGUAAAUUUUUCUAUUGAAAAGCUUUACUGUGAAUGACGAAUUGUUCAUAAACUCGAAAAUUAGAGGGGAACCUUUCUGAAAAUUUGAAUCAGAUAAAUAUUUUUAUAAAAAUAGUAUCUAACAAUGUAUAUACUAUUUCCUUAUUUUUAAUUGAAUGAUAAAUUAAAAGUAAUUCAUAUUAUAUGUAUUAAAAUUUUUAUCGGAUUGGUCAUAAUUUUAAAUGUAACCAUUGUAAAUAAGUUGAUUUUCCACUAUAAAUAUUGUAAUAAAUAAUACUCCUAUCGAAA